CCGUCGGGCCAACAGAAAAAAAAAAAUUCGAUAAAUAUAGUUUACAAUCAUUCUCCUCCCCCUAAGACUUGGUAUUGGGAAAAAAAAAAGACCAAAAUUAGUACGUCGACAAAGACAUGAAGCAAUAUAUAACUGAUGCUCCGACCAUAUCAGCCCCAGCCGGGUGCCCAAACAAAAAACUCAAGACGUUGGCUUGAUAUGUUUAACGCAUGCAUGAAGAAUUCUAAAUGCACAUCACACUCAGGAGGAAUAGAAAAUUAAGAAAUGACUACAAUCCUUUGAACAAAUUUUGGAUUCAGUGGAUGCACCUGUUUACAUUUGGCUUUAACUGAACGCUUUAAGACUUUUCCGGUGUCCAGAAUGCAAGGCCGGCCGGUCGGCCGCGCUUUCUUCUGUGUCGUUGUUCUUCAUUGAAAGCCAUCACUAGUUCUACCUUCUCUAUAAAUAUCCAAGUCCAUCCAACAAUUCCUUCACCCCUCUCUCUCUCUCUCAAUCUUUUAAAUUUCUCGUUUGCAAUAGUUUCACAUAUAAUCUUAUAGAAGAAGGUGAAAAAUUAAGAUGGCAACCCAACUUUUGGUAUUAACUACUUUCCUAGCCGUCACAUGUUCUCUAGUCGUUGCUUUUGAGCCUAGUCCAUUGCAAGAUUUUUGUGUUGCUGACGCUACUAGCACAGUUGCAAGAGUAAAUGGUCUGCCUUGCUUGGACUCGAAGCUUGCAACAGCUGACCAUUUCUUCUUCAGUGGACUUCACAUCCCAGGCAACACCUCAAACCCUGUUGGUGGAAAAGUCACCCCUGUCAGUGUGGCUCAACUUCCGGGACUCAACACCCUCGGCAUCUCGCUAGCUCGCAUCGACUACGCGCCAAUGGGUGUUAUCCCUCCCCACACCCAUCCCCGCGCCACCGAGAUUCUGACGGUCUUGAAAGGCAAGCUCAAUGUUGGGUUUGUGACCUCAAACCCCGAGAACAAGCUCUUCUCGAAGGUCCUUAAGAAGGGUGAUGUGUUUGUGUUCCCUGUUGGACUAGUUCACUAUCAGCAAAACCUGGGUUCUGGAACUGCCAUCUCUCUAUCUUCUUUGAGCAGCCAAAACCCUGGAGUCAACACCAUUGCUAACGUUGUGUUUGGAUCCAAUCCUGCUAUUUCUGAGGAUGUUCUAGCCAAGUCUUUUCAGGUGGACAAAUCCGUAAUUAGCGAUCUUCAAGCCAAAUUUUAGAUGUUUUCCAUGCAUCGAAUUAAAUUAGUUCUUGUUAUUUAAUAUCAUCAUUCAUCCCCAGUUUACACAUACUUUUAGGGUUUUGUAUGAAAUUCUU